AUGAGCAACUUUACAACAGUGACUGAAUUUAUUCUCUUGGGAUUCAGCGAUCAUCCAGAAAUACAAUGUCUUCUUUUUGUAAUAUUUCUAAUUGUUUACAUGGUCUCAGUUGCAGGAAAUCUUGGGAUGAUUCUAUUAAUCAAGAUUGACUCACGCCUCCACACGCCCAUGUACUUUUUCCUCAGUAAUUUGUCUCUUGUUGACUUUUGUUAUUCUUCUGUCAUUGCCCCUAACAUGCUGGUCAAUUUCUGGAUGGAGAAACCAGUCAUUUCUUUCAAUGGAUGUGCCACUCAAUUUUUCUUCUUUGGCUCCUUUGCUGGCAUUGAGGGUUUCCUGUUGGCUGUGAUGGCCUAUGACCGUUAUGUGGCCAUCUGCAAGCCUCUCCUGUACACAGUCCUGAUGUCUCCCCACCUGAAUGCCCUCCUGGUGUUGGCCACGUAUCUUGCAGGCUUUAUAAACGCUGCCAUUCACACUGGCUUCACCUUCCAGCUGUCUUUCUGCCGCUCAAAUGUCAUCAACCACUUUUUCUGUGACACGCCACCUCUCCUGAAACUCUCUUGUUCUGACACACACAUCAAUGAGAUUGUCAUUUUUGCUUUUGCCAGUUUUAAUGAACUGAGCUGCCUCCUGAUGAUUCUGGUUUCCUAUCUCUACAUCCUUGCUGCCAUCUUGAGGAUUCGUUCUGCAGAUGGGAGGCAUAAAGCCAUCUCUACCUGUGCUUCCCACUUGAUGGCCGUCACUGUCUUCUUUGGCACCCUCCUGUUUAUGUACCUAAGCCCCAGCUCCAGCUACUCAAUGGACCAGGACAAAGUGGUAUCUGUGUUUUACACAGUGGUCAUCCCCAUGCUAAAUCCUCUCAUCUACAGUCUAAGAAACAAGGACGUCAAAGCUUCCCUAAGUAAAAUUUGUCAAACAACCUCCUUUACGUCUCUACUUAGAAUCAUCAAAUGA